AUGAUCGGUGGUUGGACAGAUAAUCCAGCCAAUUAUAUUGGAGUGGUUUGCAAACUUCGUGCUUUUCUUGUAUUCUCAACAAGAACCAUGGCUAUGUGGUUAAUAGUAUUAGCCACUGUUGAUCGAUGGCUUCUAUCAAGUAUUGAUGCUCAUCGUCGACAAAAAAGCUCAUUGAAGAAUGUUCAGCGAUGGACAGUAGUCAUUGUCAUUCUUUCACUUCUUCUCUAUGCUCAACAAUUGUAUUGCUAUGACGCCAAUCGCAUGGAUACUCCUCUAAAAUGCUAUGGGACAACAAAUGUAUGCCGUAAUUUCACUGAUUUAUCACUUGUUAUAGUUACAGUCACAAUUCCUUUAAUUCUUAUGGUUUUAUUUGGUUUAUUAAUAAUUUCAAAUGUACAUCAAUCUCGACGUCGCAUUCAAAUAUUAACAUUACAGAAUGCCAAAUCUACUAUGGAUAAGUCGUUGCCAGCAAGUACUGGAGAUGCAGAUGGAAAAUCCAAGCAGAAAAUAGAACAUAGUCUUCUUCGAAUGCUUUUUUUUCAAGUUAUUCUUAUGACUAUUUUCACUAUUCCAUUAUGUCUUGACAAAUUUUAUUCAUCAUUCUCUGGUGACAAUGGAUCUAAAGUAGAAAUGGCCAUUAAUAUGUUUGUAUACGAUUUAGCCAUUUUGAUUUAUGAUAUAUCGAAUGGCAUACCUUUCUAUAUUUAUACAUUGUGUGGUGGAACUGUAUUUCGAAAAGCAUUGCAUAAUUUUAUUAUAUCGAUGAAACUAAAAUUUAGAUGUCAUUAG